AUGGUUCGCAAAACAAUUGGCCUCCCCACGAAGGGGCUAGGAUCGUUCGCCCCUCUUUCUGAGCGCAAACAAGUCUAUCUCCCCGAAUUUGUCAUUUCCCUCGUCCGAACCCCCAACCUCUCAAACCGCUAUGCCCAGUUCCGCGUCCCCCUCAACUUCAACAAACUCGACAUGCGCGACUACCUCGAGCGUGCAUAUGGUGUCGGUGUCGUCAGCGUCCGCAGCUACGUCCAGCUUCAGCCUAUUACCCGUAUCACCAAGGACGGAAGACAACUGGGCGCGUGGCGACGACCCAAGUCCGAAAAGCGCAUGACGGUCGAGUUGAAAGACCCGUUCGUUUGGCCCGAGGAGCCUACUGAUCUCAGCAAGUCCGUUUCACCAACUCAAUCCCGGCCCUUGGUAGAAAUUGUCACUGAUGCAAAUAACAGAUGGGAGAAAGAUUCCUGGGACGCUCAAGAAAGAGUGCAAACCGAGCAGCGCCGCGAAAACGUCCAGAAACCUCAUGCUGCCGAGAAGCCGGAUGAGAAGUUGCGUGAGGCUUUCAAGAAGCAGGCGGAGGAGUUGAAGAAGAAUAAGGAGGCCUGGAGGCCGACUUGGAAGGCGCUUGGGUUGGAUUUCGCGCAUAAGGAGAUGGCUAAUGUGGGUAAGAGUGUUCCUCCUCCUAAGUGGCAGCAGAAGCCAUAA